AUGGAUCCAAAACCCUACCCCCACCAGAGCGCCUUCCCACCAGACGCACAGCACCCAGAUAGCGUCACCCUCCACCAGCGUCCCAUUCCCCGAGGCCUGCCUGCUGCUGGCCCCGGCCACCACACCUACACCCACUCCCACCCCCAUAACCAAUCCCACAGCCAACACUACUACCCAUCCUCGACUCCUCCUGUCACCAAGGACCCAUCGUCCCUUCCUCCUUCCUCUUCGCCCUUCCACAAUUCGCAUCGUCAGCCGCAACAAUCCCUCUGGCCACCCCACUCCCAUCAACAACAGCAAGCAUACCCCCCUUAUCAACAAGAGCACUCACAACACUCGGACCACCGCCAAUGGCAUCGGGGACAGGAUCAUCAGGGCGGCCCCCAUCCAUCGACAGAGCAGCAGCACGAUAGACGAAUGGAAAAGGACGAUAGCAACAGUAACAACGACAAGAGUAACAUCAACGCCAACAGCAAAAACGACAACGACUAUCCUCCUCAUUCCCCUUCACCUACACGCCUUUCUGCGUCGUCUCCGUAUUCGGCCAUUGACGUCGAUCCGCAGACUCAGCAACAAGGACAAUCGGCAGAUCCUCGUAUCUCGUCUGUGUCUGGUCCAAUGGGUGCCAUUCCGUCGCCGAUGCCGGUGGCUGGGUCUGGAUCUGGUUCUGGACCUCCUCAGUCUUCCUCCUCCUCCCAUGGCACAGUGUUUGAUCGGAGUGGAUAUGUAGAUGAAGCUAUGCAUGACGAGCGUGAGCGAGACUUUGACAUGGACACCACCUCCUCUCUUUCAUCAAGGGGACCCAUGUCUAACCUGGCCUACCAGCACCGCCAAUUGCAACAACAACAACAACAACAACAACAACAACAACAGCAGCAGCAACAGUACCACCAGGCCUCGCUUGACCGACACCACGGCGAGGGACAGUCGCCUCCAAUCUCCCCUCCAGAAGAUGAGGCAUUUGGCAGCCGAUCGACCCGAUUUAGUUUUAGCUCCAUCGAUGACAGCCCCCAUCCCUUGGCCGAAACUGCAGCCGCAUCUUCUUCAAUUACACAAACAACAGCAGCAACAACAACAGGCCAAUUUGCGCCAGUUGCAUCUGCAACAACUUCUAUAACAACAACAACGAUUAACAACAACCCCCUGGAUGACCCCUUUCCCUCUUCCCGACUGCCCAAUGCGCGGAGGGACUGGGACUAUGACCUCGUCCCGCGAGCAUCCGUUCGCCCUCUCGACAACCCAAGAGACUCCCAUUCCUAUGUUCGUGCGCACAACUACCAGCCCCUCCAUGAUGCCCACCGGAGACACUCUGCACAGCCACCAACUCACGCACACCCCUACCCCUCUGAGUACCCCUAUGUCCCUCACCGCCCUCACCCCUUGAACCGUUCCGGUUCGUUCGACGAGGGUCACCCGGAGUAUCAUUAUCCCCGUACGCAUUGGAGCCCCUAUGGACCCCAACCACCCUCACACUACCCCCCUCACCUUCCUCCUCCACCACCUUCUCACCUUUCCGCCUACUAUGACGCCCCUCCUCCUCGACCACCUCCUCCCCCUCACGGCCCAGCGACAUCAUCUUCAUCUCGUCGUUCUAUCGACAACAACAGCAGCCGCCGCACUGGACAAUACGGCGACGAUGGGAUGAGCAACUACGGCAGCUAUGCCGAGGACGGAGAAGGAGAGACUGAAGGAGGAGAGCAAAAACGCAGAGGAGGGAACCAAUCUUCGUCAAGGUUCAACAAUCUCCGCUUCAAGUUUGGGACAGACAUGCCAAGCACGAUCGAUCUCAAAUCUGCGAUUGAGAGCUGCGAUAUCUUGUGCCGAUUUGCUCUCCAUUAUGGGAACCAGAUCAAGAACAGCGACAGCACGAGCCACGAGACGGUCGAGGGGUCAGCGCUGGGCCUUGAUCCCAUCGAGCGGGCUAACUUGCAGAAGAUCCGGAGUAUGAACACUACCAUGCUGAUUGGGAUCCAGAAGGAGGAGAGGGUGAAUGACCCGUCAUCUUCGUCUUUUGCUACUGCAGCAGCUGCUGCCGGUGGUGAUCCCUCGGGCGAGAUUCUUGACGCGGAUCGGACGAUGAUGAAGGAGGAGGAGGAGAUUGAGUUGGAUGAGCUUGAAAGGGGCCACUUGAGGUUUGGGCCCGGUCAACCUUGGAAUGUCAUGGUUCUUGAGCUGGCCCGUGCAGCAACGUCGAUUUUCCAGCUGGCGAUUCGGAUCAAGGCCUGGGUUAACAUGACCCCUGCAGAGCGCGAGUUGGACGAGGAGAUCAACAUGAUCCGAGGCAAGCGCUGUUUGCUCAUGGACAGCACCCUUUCAGUCCCCACGGUGGACCAGCACGGCAACUUGCAAAAGGACUGGGCGGUUGUCCCUGCAGCGACGUCGACCUCCAAGAGUUUCUACCAGCGACAACGAGAUCUGGAGCAGCAACGACAGACCCACACUACUGUGCUACCCAAGCAAACAAAGAACAUCCAACAGGCACAGGCACAGUCAACAGCGGUCAAGCAUGAGUUGGGGACAUCUUUGGAGAGCAAUGGCAUGAUGCUGGACCAUGAUGGAGCGUCAGAGACGAAUGCUUUCAAGAUCCCGAGACGGAACAGUAGCAAUGGCGGCGUGAGCAGUACUGCUGCCAGUCGACUUGACUCCUUGAAGGGAUCUAGCGGUCUAGUCAGUCUUGUUGGUGGCGGGGGCGCAGGAAACUCGGGAUCGGCGAUGAAUUCUUCAAUGUCGAGCUCGUUUACCAGCAACGACAGUAGGGCCACCAGCAGUAUGAAUGACGCAGCGAACGCAUACCGGUCGACGGAUGGAGCGACCCGCAACUCUAAGAACAGCGACGUCCCGCACCAAAAGUACCGGAAGCGUGCCAAGCGAUCCCAGGCGCCUGGCCGUUGCCAGUCCUGUCAUUCCUCGGAUACUCCCGAGUGGCGGCGUGGGCCCGAUGGUGCUCGCACCCUUUGCAACGCCUGUGGUCUUCAUUACGCAAAAUUGUUGAGACGUCAGAAUGAACGGACCCAGCAGUCGCCGUCUCGGAUCUCAACUGCCCUGCCUUCGUCGACCGCCAGCACAACUAUUACCAACGGCAGCAACAACAUCAGCGGCACAGCAACAACAACAACAACAGCCGCACCAUCUACACCAUCCACAACCUUGGCCCUCCCAACCCCUACACCUGUAGCUACACCAACACCCAUUGCGCCAUCAGUACCAACCGCAGCACCAGCAGAGACAGUCAGCGCAAGCAUGUCCACAAGUCAACCUUCAUCAAAAAAGGAUACCAGCUUCCCCGUGAUCUCGUUCCCUUUCAAGAGACUGCACGGUCAAGGACGCGCUAAUGCGUCGUCUUCUUCGGCUACUUCGACUGCCACUGCAACUACUGCAACCUUGACCGCUACCGUCAUGACAACUUCUGGGCCGGGUUUAUUGACGCUCUCGUCGUCUUCUUCGAUCUUGCCGUCAGGACGCAGGACGUUGACGGAUCAUCAGGUAGUGCCAUUGUACGAUGGGCAGAGCUCUGGGAGCGGCGGCGGCGCUGAUGCUAGGGCUCCUGUUGGUGGUCGUGGUGGGUCGAGAGCGAACACGUCGCAAUACCAGUUGCUUCAUCGCCAACAGCAGCAGUACCAGCAGAUGGAGUACCAGAAGCCGCAACCCAACCAGAACCAGAACCAGCAAGCGCACAUGCGGGAUGUGAACAUGGACGAGUCCCCUCGUACCAAGUCCGAGCAAUAA